CAGUCGGCCUACGACGUCACGGAGGGCUCCGUGGGCCUCAUGGACCCGGCGCUCGACCCCAUCCCGGACUACAACGCCGCGGGCAUGUGCACGGUGAACGUCCACUGGCACAUCGGCGCGGAGCACCGCUCCGAGGGCCAGUACACGGAGGACGAGGACGACCUCGAGGGCCUCACGGAGGCGCAGAAGGAGGAGCGCAAGCUCGCGUCCGGCAGCCUCCGCGUGGGCCACAUGUGCAAGAACGCCUACGACCUCAACAACGACGACCCGGACGGCAUCGUCGCCAACGAGUACGACUGGCAGUACUGCCACGACAUGCACGUCGGCCUCACCUACGAGUUCCACUGGCCCCACUCGUCCAUCGGCGCGUGCCAGACCGAGUGGCAGUACCAGUACCACUUCCUCGACGGCGUCCUCUGCGGCGCCACCAUCGGCGGCCUCGACAUCGCCACGGCCGCCGACGCGCUCAUGUCGCGCGCCGUCGGCAUCGGCGUCGAGGGCCAGGUCUUCACCAUCGUCAACAGCGACGACCCGAGCUCGUCGCCGUACCUCCGCCCGACGUGGGACGCGCUCAACUCCUGGGACACGGAGCUCGCGACGGACUACGCCUACUACCAGGGCUCGACGACGGGCGACGCCGCCGACAACGAGAUCUGCCGCGGCACGGGCGGCCUCGUCACCUGGCACACGGACCGCGAGUGCCACCUCGUCGAGGCGAAGACGAUCGACAACCUCUGCCGCCUCAUGGUCGUCGUCUCCGCCGACGACAUGUCGCCGGACACGUACCCGCACGGCGCGCGCGAGACGACGACCGCCGAGCUCUCGGACACGCCCUACACGCCCUAA